UCCGACACCGCGGCGUUUCUUCUCCAAAGGCCUCUUCCUCUGUGGGGCAAUCGGAAGCACCGGAAAGCAAGCCAGUCUGUAUAUAUACGAGAAUUGUGAGUAGAAGAAUUUGUUGGAGUGAGGGUCUGAAAGGAUACAAAUAUGUCAUCGGGUAACAAAGAGGAAAGUGGUGCUCAGGAUGCCGCUGAAAGAAUCAAGGCGGCAGCAUUAUCAGCUGCAAAGGGUCUUAGCCGAGCUCAAGCUGAGCGUGCCGCUGCUGCGGCUGCACGCAAUGUGAAUGCCUAUGGGCAGAAAGAGGAAGGGCCGAGUAGAUGGCAAGAAAGGAAAGAAGCUAAGAGGCAGAUGUAUUUGAUGAGUACCGAGAAACAAGUUAGGCUGGGUGAAAGGAAGGAUCUUAAGAGUUCAAUGUCUACUCUUGGGGCAGCUUCCCAAUGCCAGAAGUGCUUCCAAACUGGGCAUUGGACAUAUGAGUGCAAGAAUGAAAGGGUCUAUAUUUCACGACCUUCUCGCACGCAACAGUUGAAAAAUCCCAAGUUGAGGAUGAAGGUGUCAAUUUCUUAUGAUUUAGAUAACCCUGAUAUUGAGAAGGAAGGGAAGAGUGAUAAACAGGUUAAGAAGACCAAGAGGAAGCACAAGUCUGAUACAGAAUCUGGUAGCGAUAGCGAGGCUUCAGUUUUUGAGUCUGAUAGUGGCGGAUCAUCUGUGACAGGGUCUGAUUAUUCUUCUGGUGAGAGUGAGACUAGUUACAGUUCAUCCACAGAUUCAGAGGAAGAGAGGAGGAGGAAGAGGAAGAAGAAAAAGAAGCAGCAGAGGAAGAGAAGGCACCGCAGAUAUAGUUCUACCUCUGAAUCUGGAUCUGAUUCAUUCUCCGACUCUGAAUCUGACUCUGAAGAAAGAAGCAGCCGGAAGAAGGGCAGGAGCUCCAGGAGCAGGAGGCAUAGCAGGAAGCAUUGAGGUGGCCGUGCUGAUUGGAGUUUCUUGAUUUUAGUGUCUGCUUUUUCGGUUGUCAGUUUGAGAAAGAAGCGUCAAUGAUAUUGGAAGUCCAUACAAGUAUUGGAUGAUUACAUGUUCUUUUUUCAGUUGUAUGACUCUUAUUCUCUGGUUGUAAGAAUUUAGCUAUCUUGUUAUUGAAUUCUAGUUUCUUGCUUGGUUGUGCAACAGGGCAAUAUUGGUGAAGCUAGUGAUUGGCUACUAAUCCACAGUAAGCUUGUGUUCUGCUGCUAUCCUAGUAUAUGCACUUUUUCCA